GUCGCCUAUCCUCGGAACAACCCUCGAUUGCAUUCCCCCUUCGUGUCAAAAUGACCGUCGCCGAGACCGUUAAGCAUGCCGUUGGGCUUGGGGACAGCACCGCUGCCACCCGCCAGGAAAUGUCGGAUGCCCGUCUUCCCCUACAGUACCGCGACUCUUGCGCCCACCUCCUCAUUCCUCUGAACCGCUGCCGACAGCAAGAGUACUACCUUCCCUGGAAGUGCGAGGACGAGAGACACAGCUAUGAAAAGUGCCAGUAUGACGAAUUCAAGAAGCGCGUUGCUAAGAUGGAGGAGCUUCGGGCUGCUAAGGGUGGUGCCCGGAGCAACUAAUACCGAACACAUCGACGUGCAUUCAAGACGGACGAGGCAGCGGGUUAUGUACAUAGAGAUUCUGAGAUUGUUUGUCCAUGCACCGACUUUGGCGUUGGGAUUCAUUCGAGAUUAAGCUUGCCGAUACCACACCUGUGAGAGCCAAUCCAUCGAUUGACCAAUAAAUGGGUUCGACUGCACCUGGCGCACGCCUCCCCGGCCAACCCGCAUUUCGUCCGAUGAAGACGAGUUUCCCGGAUUCGCCAAAUGCCCUUGCCUUGGAAACAAGCCAUUCAGUCCAAGCGGGAGGGGGGUGGAGAGUCUGGGACCUGUCAUCAAUUCACCAUUGCGACAAAACUAGACCGGCAAAUCCCCGUGUAGGAUUCUGGGCAAUUAUCUUGGCAAUGACUCUGUCAGCAUAAUGGGAGCCAACCAUUGCUAUUGUGGUUAGGUCC